CGGGAGCGGCGGCGGCGGGCAGGGGCCCGAGGGCCGGGGUCUGGAGGACAGGCGAGGCAGCGGCGGGUGCGGGGCCGGCGGUCGGGGAGGGCGGCGCCAUGGGGUCGCGGAGGGCCCUCAGCCGGGGCUGGGGCGCGGGCGGGAGGUCGGGGGCGGGGGGCGACGGUGAGGACGACGGCCCCGUGUGGAUCCCCAGCCCAGCCAGCCGGAGCUACCUGCUCAGCGUGCGGCCCGAGACCAGCUUAUCAAGCAACCGGUUGUCUCACCCCAGCUCUGGAAGGAGCACCUUCUGCUCCAUCAUUGCUCAGCUCACAGAGGAGACCCAGCCGCUAUUUGAGACCACGCUCAAGUCCCGGUCUGUGUCCGAGGACAGCGACGUCAGGUUCACCUGCAUCGUCACAGGAUACCCAGAGCCAGAGGUGACCUGGUACAAGGAUGAUACAGAGCUGGACCGCUACUGUGGCUUGCCAAAAUAUGAGAUCACUCAUCAGGGCAACCGCCACACACUGCAGCUGUACAGGUGUCGAGAAGAAGAUGCCGCCAUCUACCAGGCCUCUGCCCAGAACAGCAAGGGCAUUGUGUCCUGCUCAGGGGUCCUGGAGGUGGGCACCAUGACCGAGUACAAGAUCCACCAGCGCUGGUUCGCCAAGUUGAAGCGCAAGGCUGCGGCAAAGCUGCGCGAGAUCGAGCAGAGCUGGAAGCACGAGAAGGCGGCGCCGGGGGAGGCCGACACGCUGCGCAAGCUCAGCCCCGACCGCUUCCAGCGAAAGCGGCGAUUGAGCGGGGCUGAAGCGCCGGGCCCCUCGGUCCCUACCAGGGAGCCUGAGGGUGGGACCCUGGCGGCUUGGCAGGAGGGAGAGACUGAGCCUGCUCAGCACUCAGGUUUGGGCCUGAUCAACAGUUUUGCUUCUGGAGAAGUGACCACCAACGGGGAGGCUGCCUCCGAGAAUGGGGAGGACGAAGAGCAUGGCUUGCUGACAUACAUCUGUGACGCCAUGGAGCUGGGGCCUCAGAGAGCCCUGAAAAAGGAGAGUGGGGCCAAGAAGAAAAAGAAAGAUGAGGAAUCCAAGCAAGGCCUGCGGAAGCCAGAGUUAGAGAAGGCAGCCCGAAGCCGCCGUUCUUCAGAAAACUGCAUCCCCAGCUCAGACGAGCCUGACUCCUGUGGGACUCAGAGGCCCGUGGGCGUGGAGCAGGUUCAGACCCAGCCCAGAGGCAGGGCUGCACGGGGGUCUGGGUCCUCUGGCACAGAGAGUACCAGGAAGCCAGCCUCUGCUGUGGGCACUCCAGACAAGGCCCAGAAGGCCCCUGCCCCGGCCCUGGCCCCUGGCCCAGGCCCAGGCCAGGAAUUGUAUUUCUCCUUGAAGGACAUGUACCUGGAGAACACCCGGGCAGUCAGGCCUCUGGGGGAAGAGGGCCCCCAGACCCUGAGUGUCCGGGCGCCUGGAGAGAGUCCCAAGGGGAAGGCACCCCUCAGGGCUAGAAGCGAGGGGGUGCCUGGCGCUCCUGGCCAGCCCACACACUCCUUGACCCCCCAGCCGACUAGGCCUUUCAACAGAAAGAGAUUUGCCCCUCCAAAGCCCAAAGGAGAGGCCACCACUGACAGCAAGCCCAUUUCUUCUCUGAGUCAAGCUCCAGAAUGCGGGGCCCAGAGCUUAGGAAAGGCCCCACCUCAGGCCUCUGUGCAGGUGCCGACACCCCCUGCCCGGCGGAGACAUGGCACCCGGGACAGCCCGUUGCAGGGGCAAGCAGGCCACAGGACUCCAGGAGAGGUCCUGGAAUGCCAGACAACCACGGCUCCUACCAUGUCGGCCAGCAGCAGCUCUGAUGUAGCCUCCAUUGGUUGUGGCACCUCUGGAAGUCAAGGUAUCAUUGAACCCAUGGAUAUGGAAACCCAGGAGGAUGGGAGAACAUCUGCUGACCAGAGAACUGGAAGCAAGAAGAAUGUGCAGGCAGAUGGAAAGAUACAAGUGGAUGGAAGGACCAGGGGAGAUGGAACACAGACAACCCAGAGGACACGGGCAGAUAGGAAGAUGCAGGCGGAUGCUGGGACACAAGAAAACAAGAGGCCACAGUCAGACAGGAGUACACAGAAGGGCAUGAUGACACAGGGAAGGGCAGAGACACAGCUAGAAACAACACAGGCAGGUGAGAAGAUACAGGAAGACAGGAAGGCCCAGGCAGGUAAGGGCACACAGGAAGACAGAAGGAUGCAGGGAGAGAAGGGAACGCGGUCAGAGGGGAGCGCGCCCACAGCCACGGAAGGUCAGUCAGAGCAGGAGGUGGCAACCAGCCUCGGCCCACCAUCCAGAACCCCUGAACUCCCACCUACAGCGGGUCCUAGAGCUCCUCUGAAUAUUGAAUGUUUUGCACAGACCCCAGAAGGGUCUUGUUUCCCAGAAAAACCUGGUUUCCUGCCCAGAUCUGAGGAGGCAGUAGUAACAGCCUCCAGGAACCAUGAGCAAACUGUGCUGGGUCCCCUGUCAGGGAACCUCAUGCUCCCAGCACAGCCGCCCCGUGAGGGGAGUGUGGAGCAGGUAGGAGGAGAGAGAUGCCGAGGGCCACAGUCGUCAGGCCCAGUCGAGGCCAAGCAGGAGGACAGCCUGUUCCAGUGCCCCAAGGAGGAGCGGCCAGGGGGAGUGCCGUGUAUGGAUCAGGGUGGCUGUCCUCCAGCUGGCCUGAGCCAGGAGGUACCCACGAUGCCUUCUCUUCCUGGAACUGGGCUGACUGCUAGCCCAAAGGAGGGGCCGAGUAGUACCCCAACUUCUCAGCACGGGAGCACAGCUGCCUUCCUGCCCUCUGAGGAUCAGGCCCUGAUGAGUUCUGCCCCAACACUGCACCUGGGGCUGGGGACCCCCACUCAGAGUCACCCACCAGAAACUAUGGCCACCAGCAGUGAGGGGGCCUGCGCCCAGGUACCAGAUGUGGAGGGGCGGACCCCAGGUCCCCGGAGCUGUGACCCUGGCCUCAUAGAUUCCCUGAAGAACUACCUGCUUCUGCUGCUGAAGCUGUCCAGCACAGAGACAAGUGGAGCAGGGGGAGAGUCCCAGGUGGGGACAGCCACCGGAGGUCUGGUGCCCUCAGCCACUCUGACACCCACUGUGGAAGUGGCUGGGCUUAGUCCCCGGACAUCGAGGCGCAUCCUGGAGCGGGUGGAGAACAACCACCUGGUGCAGAGUGCACAGACCCUGCUGCUGAGCCCCUGUACCUCCCGCCGCCUCACCGGCCUCCUGGACCGCGAGGUGCAGGCUGGCCGCCAGGCCCUUGCUGCUGCCCGAGGCUCCUGGGGUCCUGGCCCGAGCUCCCUCACUGUCCCUGCCAUUGUGGUAGAUGAGGAGGGCCCUGGGCUGGCCUCAGAAGGAGCCAGUGAGGAUGAGGGAGAGGUUUCCCUUGAGGGGCCUGGCCUUCUGGGGGCCUCUCAGGAGAGCAGCAUGGGUGGUCGACUGGGGGAGGCAGGUGGGCAGGCAGCCCCUGGGCAGGGACCCUCAGCAGAGAGCAUAGCCCAGGAGCCCUCCCAAGAGGAGAAGUUCCCAGGGGAGGCUCUGACAGGUCUCCCGGCAGCCACACCUGAAGAACUGGCUCUAGGGGCCCGGAGGAAGAGAUUUCUCCCUAAGGUCAGAGCAGCAGGAGACGGGGAGGCAACCACACCUGAAGAAAGGGAGAGCCCCACGGUUUCCCCCCGGGGGCACAGGAAAAGCCUGGUGCCUGGAUCCCCGGGGACUCCAGGGCGGGAGAGACGCUCCCCUACGCAGGGCAGAAAGGCGAGCAUGCUGGAGGUGCCUCGGGCAGAGGAGGAGCUGGUGACAGGAGACCUGGGCCCCAGCCCCAAGGCCGGCGGUCUGGACACAGAGGUGGCCCUGGAUGAAGGCAAGCAGGAGGCACUGGCCAAGCCCAGGAAAGCCAAAGACCUGCUGAAAGCCCCACAGGUGAUCCGGAAGAUUCGGGUGGAGCAGUUUCCUGAUGCCUCCGGUAGCCUGAAGCUCUGGUGCCAGUUUUUCAACAUUCUUAGUGACUCAGUCUUGACAUGGGCCAAGGAUCAGCGCCCAGUGGGCGAGGUGGGCAGGAGCGCAGGGGAUGAGGGGCCGGCGGCCUUGGCCAUCGUGCAGGCCUCCCCCGUAGACUGCGGCGUGUAUCGGUGCACCAUCCACAACGAGCACGGCUCGGCCUCCACUGACUUCUGCCUCAGCCCUGAGGUGUUGUCAGGAUUCAUCUCCAGAGAAGAAAGUGAAGUUGGAGAAGAGAUUGAGAUGACCCCUAUGGUGUUUGCUAAGGGUCUGGCUGACUCUGGCUGCUGGGGGGACAAGCUCUUUGGGCGACUGGUAAGCGAGGAGCUCCGAGGGGGUGGAUAUGGGUGUGGCCUUCGGAAGGCCUCCCAGGCCAAGGUCAUCUACGGGCUGGAACCCAUCUUCGAGUCGGGCCGCACGUGCAUCAUCAAGGUGUCUAGCCUGCUUGUGUUUGGGCCCAGCAGUGAGACUUCUCUUGUGGGCAGAAACUACGACGUCACCAUCCAGGGGUGCAAGAUCCAGAACAUGAGUCGGGAGUACUGCAAAAUCUUCGCAGCAGAAGCCCGAGCCGCACAUGGCUUUGGGGAGGUGCCUGAGAUCAUCCCACUGUAUCUGAUCUACCGGCCUGCAAACAAUAUCCCAUAUGCUACCCUGGAGGAAGACCUGGGCAAGCCCCUGGAGUCUUACUGUUCUCGGGAAUGGGGCUGUGCUGGGGCUCUGACAGCAUCUGGCAGCUCUGAGGCCAUGCAGAAAUGCCAGACCUUCCAGCACUGGCUGUAUCAGUGGACAAAUGGCAGCUUCCUUGUCACAGACUUGGCAGGGGUUGACUGGAAGAUGACUGAUGUGCAGAUUGCUACCAAACUUCGAGGAUACCAGGGCCUCAAGGAAAGCUGCUUCCCUGCCCUGCUGGACUGGUUCGCCUCCUCCCACCAGUGCAACGCCUACUGUGAGCUGCUGGGGCUAACACCUCUCAAGGGCCCUGAGGCGGCCCACCCCCAAGCCAAAGCCAAAGGCUCUAAGAGUCCAUCUGCUGGCAGGAAAGGCUCCCAACUGAGUCCUCAGCCCCAGAAAAAAGGCCUCCCUAGUCCUCAGGGCACCCGGAAGAGUGCUUCAAGUUCCAAGGCCACCCCUCAGGCCUCAGAGCCAGUCGCCACUCAGUUGUUGGGACAGCCUCCCACCCAAGAGGAGGGCUCCAAGGCCCAGGGCAUGCGGUAGCCUCAACAGGAGGCUGGGGGCCUCCACCCAGCAGCAGACCAACCAGGAAGCAGCUUGAACCGGAUGGAGACUUUCCAAAUAUGGAACUAACUGGAGAAGGUGCACGAAGGAGACACUACUUGGGGACCUCUCUGAGCAGGCUCUCGUGAAUCAGCUUGUCAUCAGAUGGCUUUGGUGCACGGCACAUAGCCCACUGGCCUCUUCUGGUGCCACUGUCACCCAGGGCUCCCGGGCCUCAAGCAGUCCCCACCUCCGAGUGCCUGGCGGCCUAGGCCCUCCUUGAAGUUUACACUUUGCCACUGCUGGAGGCUCCCCUGAGUCCUCUGCAUGAGUUCUGCACCCCAAGCCCUUGCCCCAGCCCAGUCCAGCAGCAGAUGUUAUAAUCUGAGUGAGGACAUGCAGGCCAACUUUUACCCUCCUGCAUUUGCCUGGCCCUGAUCUCGCCUGUCCUCAGAGAUCCAGACUUCCUCUGCUGGUCUGGCCUGGUGACUCUCAGGGUAUCUUCUCCUUCCAGCUACUUUGGCUCACUGAUCUCAGCUUAUCCUGCAACUAACCGUCCUUAAGCCCAGAUGGGGCUCAGGGCCCUUCCAGAGCCUGUCAUGUCCUUGUGCAGUGGCCUUUGAUGUGUGUUCAUGCUCUUCCCCCUUCACUCACUUGCCUGCUUCCCAUGCUCCCUUGUACCCCCUCGCCACAUCCCUGUCUUGGGGCCCAGCUGCAGCCUGCUGCCUGUCCUUCAUGGCUCUGCGCAUGGCCCUUUGCUUGAGGGCUCCCCACUCCCUGCCCACCAAUACGCAGGUGAGGAACAGACCUUCUGGCCUGUCACCCCACUUCAGUGCUCUCUUCCCCAACUUCUCUCAGGCUCUUUGCUCAUGAGGUGAGAGCUGGCAUGAGGGUUGUGUUAGCAGCUGUAGCCAGAGAGAGGUGUUGACUCUGAGAGACCUUGCACUCCACACUGAAAGGAGGUGGGGUCACAGUGAAUUUCAUAUCCCCUCUCAACCAGGAGUGGAGGGCUAGGUCCCUUCCCCAUGGGGAGUACACUUGGGUGUUCUAGGAGGGAUGCAGUCUAUCCAUGCACUUGGGUGGAGGGGAGUCUCUGUGCCUGGGAAUUAGGACCCCUGCCCCAACCAUAGCUCUUGAUCCUGGGGCCCCAGCUCUGGGUCCUCAUGUAUGGGCCUCCCAAGGACCCAGCAGCCUGGGUCCUUCCAGAGCAUCCCUUCUGGAGGCCUAGGAUGAGGUAGGUCUGCAGCUAGCCUGCUCCCCUUGGAAUGCAAUAAAGGCAGCAUUGUGUGCCCUGCUUGCCCUCAUCUGGUGUGGUUGGAGGUCUGUGGAGUCAGGGUCCCCCUCUCCCAGGCAGACUCUCUGAGGGCAUUCUGUAGUCCCAGGCACACUGGAAAAAUGAAUCUAUAUUUUGGUUCCUGGACCGAAGUUCAGUCGCAGCCUUCUGUGGCCACAGAAAGACAGCCUGUGCUUCUUGCACAGCUGAGCUGCUGGUGUGUGCCCCUUAGGGUGUCUGGGGACUUACGCCUUUGGAAUUGCUCUUCAUUCAGAAGAGGAACACAAAGGAAGCCACCCAGGAAGGAAGCACAGAGCUGGGGGCUCUGGAAACGCCGUGUGUCUCUGGCUACAGCAAGACCAGCCCAGGAGUCCACCAGCACCUGCCUCUCAGCUACUUGCUGACCAUUUCCUGCUUCUCGAGCUGCAGAGAAGCUUUUCAUUCCCACCCUCAUCCGGAACCUCCCCUUGCCUAACAUUUCCCCUCUAUGAUAACAUCUCUGACUUCUCUACCUCCUCUGUGCUCAGGUGACGCCACAUCUUCUGCCCCAGUGUGUCCCCACCUCUCCCAGCCCGUAUAUCCAGAUUACUUUGGUGAACUGA